GACGCCUUUGGUUGCAUUCUGAGGCCUGGAAGGGGCAUUUAGAUUCACAUUACUUUUCUGAGGGACAUUCUCGCCCUGAAACGUGUGUUGGUACUCGUAGUGGCGGCAGGUUUAAAUCACGCGUCUCUCCGACAUGGACACUUACUGUCCAUACCUUUCUAGCCCACUUCAGGUUCGGUUUCAAAAUCGAAUCCCAGGUGGGUGGUUUAAGACCGUAAUGUAUUUCCGACGCCUCUGCGUGUAGCAACAAGCAAAUGCCUACCGCCGCUCGGCAGAGGUGAAUUUAAAUUUUGGACCUAUGGAACAGUACUUUUGGAAGCAGUUGGCCUUCUUGGCGUGAUUGGCACUCCAGCUGCCUUUUCCGUGUGUUGUUGCGUGGAACGGCCCGCGCCAUUCGGCACUUCCCUCCGAACAAUGUCUCUCUUGCACUCAUGGGGCGUUGCGCCGCGUUGCGCUGUCUGCUGCGGUGCGACGGAGACAGGGCGACGAGAGCACUCUUCGGGAUCAGCGCGCCGGAAUCGCAACCCUUUCAACCAAGGCGUUUCACCUUCACCCACUCGUAUGCAAAUGGGGGCCCGCUCUCCAGUGCACCCCCGCGGCCCCGCGGCCAGGGAGACUAUAAGAGAGGUGGCCGACCCCAGGCAGGCCACUUGGACUCAAGACAGCCGACGGGGAGCACGCGGCUUCCUCCAGAGUUCACCCGCAGUCCAGGCUCUACGCAGCGCAGGCAUGGCUGGCUGGUGCUCGUCGCUGCUCGUGGUCGCGCUGGCCGUCCUGCUGGUGGCGGACUGCACCCUGGCGCAGACCUUCAGCUACUCGCGGGGCUGGAAGAGCGGCAAGCGGACGUCGUCGGCGGCCGGCGUGGCCGUGCCCAGUGGGACGACGGCGGGUGGCAGGGGCGCCGACGACGUCCUGGCCGAGGACCUCCCCCUCUACAGAUACUUCCUGGAGGGCCGCGGAGAGCACCGGGCCCCGUACGACCCCUGGCGCUUGGUGGACGAGCCCCUGCUACACAUGGGCCGCCGCCCCGCCCUGCAGGCCCUGCAAGCCCUGCAGCAGACCAGCGAGCAGGCCGCCGAGCACGAGGACCGCUAGCGGGACGGCCGCCCUCUCCGUGAGCGCCCUCACGCUGGAGGAAGCUUCUUGCUCGCGCCUCAACCUGAAGAUGGAGAGCAGGGGGCACCACCUGCUCCGGGUCUGAUUUCGCUCCGAGUUGCCGCUCCGUUGCGAGCUCCGUGUGCUGUGUUCCGUGUACUGUAAAUAAUCCUUUUUCUUUGAAUAAAUACUAGAAGUUUGAGUGUC